AUGAAUAUUAUACAAAUAAAAUAAACUUAAGAGUCUUAAGAGACAAUUUGUAAGACCCAUAAUUAGGAAUUUAUUGCUGUUGACUUGGAUAUGUCUGAUAAAUCAUAGAUUUAAUUCUUUUGUGGCAAAUGUUUAGUGGAUAAAUUAAAUAAUAAUAAAGUAUUAACUAUUGAACAAUCUAAAGAAAGGAUCUAAAAAAUAAAGACUUAAUAACAAGAAAUAAAGACAAAAGAAAAUUAAUCAAGGCUUAGCUAUUAUAAGAAUAUAUUAGAUCAAAUAAUGGACUUCAAAAGAUCUAUUGAUGAUACUUUAGAAAAGAUUUACAAAUAAAUAUAAUAAUAUAUAUUUCCAAUUUAAAAAGAAAAAUAAGA